AUGGAAGCAUUAACCGGGACAUCUCAAGCAAAUCAAGAUCAACAACUUACGUUACAGAUAGAUCCACUAAAAUACAUCGAACGUCUGCCAGAAUUUGAUGGGAAAGUAAAGGAAGAACCUAACUCAAACUUUAAUACCGAUACAAAUAUUAAGACCGCGUUAGAAAUUUUUAAAGACAAACUACCCGAACCCAUGCGUUCGAUAAUUUUUAGUAGAAACCCUUCAACUCUCGAAGAGGCAAUAGAUAUUUUACACGAAGGAAAUUACGCGUAUUAUAAUCCUUUGGAAACUAAAAUUAGAAAUAACAAUAAUAGAAAUCACCAAAAAAAUCCUAGUACUAACAGAAAUAAUUAUAGUCAUUAUUCAAACCAUUCACAAUCCAAUAGUAACGAAAUCAUAUUGUUAAGUAGGUUAGAAAUUUUACCAAAAGAUGUUCUUACAAACAAAGAAAUCAAUAACCAUAAUGUAAGUGUAGAAACUUUACCAUACAUAAGAAAUUCUGUAUUUUUCAAUGAUACAACAAUUGUUUUUGUAAUUUCAAUACCUAACUUUCUCAAAGAAAAUUGCUUUAGGAAUAUAAUUGUUAAGGUACCAAAUAAAGAUACUAAUUUAGAACUAGAUACUAAUUUUAAUAAAGAAAAAAAUCUCAUCCCAAUUCAGGAUGAAUGUGUUUCAAAUUUAUUAACCACAAAUCUAAUGACUUGCCAUUAUAAACAAAAUUUAGCAGUAGAGAUAAAACCAAUAUCCAGAAAAAACCAAAAUUUAAAAAAAUUAAUUCAAACUAAAAAUGUGACACAGCUUAGCAACAACAAUAAACACGUGCCUUUGCAAACAUCAUCAACAUCUGAUAAUCAAUUUGCAAUGCUAAGUGAAGACAUUGAUAUUGAUGAGAAUGAUGAAAACGAAAACAAUCAUAAUAUUGAAGUCGAAACGGACAGUAAAGAAUCUGAUUGUAUUGAUGUUAUUAAUAAUAAUAAACAUGCAAUUUAUGUAGAGAAUCUUGAUGUGUACAAAAAAGUUAAAGAAGGUUUAGAUUUAAUCGAAGCCGACUAUUAUUCAUUUACACCAUCUAUAGAAAAAAAUAAGACAUACCUACUAAAAGGCUUACAAGCUAAUGAAAAUGAACAGGAUAUACAAGAAUAUCUUCGUCAAUUAAAUUGCAACUCAAUAGAAUUUGUAAAAGUAAACAGAUUUUCAACCACCAAAAGUAAAAAUGAAAAUAAAAUUUUACCUUUAUUCCUUGUACAAAUCAGUCCCAACAGCAAUCCAAAAGAACUGUAUAACAUAAAAUACGUAAAUAAUCAACUAGUACAUUGGGAAAAACUAAGAAAAAAUGAUAUUCUACAAUGCAAGCGCUGUCAACGAUUUGGUCAUGCGGCACCAAAUUGCCGAUUAGAAUACAGAUGCGUCAAAUGUAGUGAAAAUCACGGACCUGGUGAAUGCAAGUUAAAUAGAUCAGAGAACCAUGAAAUCAAACCAUACUGUGUACUAUGCAAAGCAUCUGGACAUCCUGCAUCCUUUAAAGGAUGCCCUGAUAUCAAAAAUAUAAGAAUGGGUGAGAGACAGCUAGUAAACACAUCCUACAUAAAUCCGAACAAAACAUUCUCUAGUUUAUUCCAAGAUAAUAACAAAACCAAACCAAAUACUGAUGAAAAUGAUAUCAAAAAUUGCUUAGAACAAAUUAUGACAAGAUUAGAAAAAUUGAAUAAUACUGCUAACGAAAAUUCGAAAAGAAUAGAUAUACUAUUUAAUAUACUAAGAAAUGAUGAUAAUUAA